CUCAUGAGAAUUGUACACAACAACAACAACAACAACCCCCCACGUGAUAGAAAAGAUAAUUACAUGGGCAGACGUUGAAGUAUGUCCCGUCGCAUGAGAGGAAAAAGCGAAAGUGAAAGUGACUGCAUCGAAACUAGUAGGAGUUUAAGCACCGAGACAAGACAACGCGUAAAGAAAUAUAUUUUCCCGUUUAUAAAUGACAUGGUGAUUUAGGUUGAAAAAUGGAGGUAAUUGCAAGUCUACACAGCAAGGAAGGCCGAUGGAAAACCAAAUAAGGAUUGGUGUUAGUUGUGGAUGUAGUUUUGGCCUUGCAGGCACUUACUGCCAUGGAGUGCAGACGCCACCUAUUCUCACAGAUGAUGAGGUUCUUGAUCUAUGGUGAUGAUUUACAGAGCUCACCUUCAAAAAUCUGCUUCCGUGAAGGAGUGUGCCCUGGCAAGGGGAAAGCAGUUCACUUAAAUAUGGGAAACACUUGGGUAUGUUGGCAUGGCUGCCAGAGAACGAGUAACCCAGAAGUAGCGAAUGGUGAACAGAAAACCAUGUUAAAACCGAGGACUAGGUCAAACAGUUGUUCAAACCGAGACGUGCCACAGGAGAGCGAUCUACAAUCAUGUGAAGAGGAAGCAAACAGAGAUUUAAUCCAGGAAAACCAAGAUGGUAACAUUUCUGAAGACUCUGACAAAUUAAGCCAGGGUAUGUUUCAGCGAAAGACAAGCAAGUCCACUGGCCCUUUGGCUAGUGCAGAAGAGUCACAGAAGAAAAAUACUGCAAUGAUAAAUUUGACUAGACGUGAAAAGGAAAAAUAUAUUCCCAGUGAUGAACCUUCUUCAGCAAGUGCAGCUGGUGACCAGAAAGAGAAACCUACGUUAGGAACCAAAAAAGAACGUGCACAUUCAGGACACGGAAAAGCUGCUCAGGCACAUCAACUGAAGGCAUCCCCUAUCAGCCCCGAUUCCCAUAAAAACUGUGAAGUAAAGCUGUCGGCGUCAAGUAGCUCUUCAGCAAAGGAAUCCUCUGUAGACAAUGAGGAAGACAUGUAUCGUGAUGCAGAAGAAAUAGAGAGAGAAAAAACAUUACCUGUUUGUGAGACAGGCUCCUCAGAAAAUAAACUCAGUGUUGCACCUGAAAUGGACAUCAUAGAGUACUGCCGAAAAGAAUGGAGAGGAAAUACACCGGUGGCAAAACGUAUGAAAAAGGGAUAUGAAGCAGUUUCUCAGAAGUUUACCUCUAUAAGGAGAGUGCGAGGUGAUAACUAUUGUGCUCUCAGAGCAACUUUGUUCCAGGCACUGAGCCAAACUUCUGAACUUCCUGACUGGCUUCGGAGUGAGGACUUAACGUUGCUUCCAGAAAAUCUACUGAGCAAAUAUGAUUGGAUCCAAGAGUGGCAGCUAAGACAGAAACUGGGCAGGAAGAUGGGAGAACUAAGUGACGAAAUUAAAGACUACUUAAUACUUCUAAGGAAGAAGUGGGAGAGUAUGAGUGAAAUGAAAAGUCCUGUAGAGAGACAAGCAGCUUGUGAUGAAUUGUUUACAAAUGAAGAGGAGGAGUACAGUCUCUAUGAAGCUGUGAAAUUUUUGAUGCUGAAGAAAGCUAUUGAAUUAUAUUAUGAUAAAAAAGGAAAGAAAGUACCAGUGUUCUCAUGGCUAUUGUUUGCCCGGGAUACAUCCAGCAACCCCAGUCAGCUAAUGAAUAACCACUUGAAUCAAAUAGGUCACACUGGAGGCCUUGAGCAAGUGGAAAUGUUUCUUCUUGCAUAUGCUCUGCAGCAUACCAUCAGAGUUUAUCGAUUGUAUAAAUACAGCACUGAUGAAUUCAUCACACUUUAUCCCAAUGACCCAGAGGAGGACUGGCCCGUGGUGACUCUUAUAACUGAAGACGAUAGACAUUAUAAUAUUCCAGUCAGAAUGUGUGAAGAGACUAGUUUGUAAAUGAGAUUUUGACAGAUUUAUAAAUUUGGACAUUAAAUUUCCAACACUAUAUUUUGAAAUAAAGUCAUGAUGAGAUUUACAUGAUGAAACCUACAGUACUUUGGAUCUCGAGUUAAAGGUUUGAACUGAAAUUCCAAAUAGGAUCUUUGUAGUGGGCUGACUUGGGGCUAACAGGCCUAAUGGGCAUGCCAUGACUCAGCAGUCCCCAGAGUCCUGAGAUGGCCUUGCUUGGACAGUCCAUGGGCAUGGUGGCUGAGUUAGUCUGUUGUUCCCUAAUACUCUGGAUUUUCCAGACCAAAGGAGGGGAGAAGGUAGAAAGACCUUGGCCCUCCCCCUCCACUAGAUCCCAGCCCAAGGAGAAAGGGGAGAGGCUCGUCUCCUGCUGAUACAUCCAGACCAGCUUUCUCUGGGCCCCGUUCUCUCCAGUUUGGAGGAUGAUUGCAGCACUCUGCCCCCUCCCAGAGGAGAGUUCCCCAUGAGUCUCAGCAGUUCAGAUAGUCAAACUUCUCAAUGUUCAGAUAUUCUCCCUUGUCAGGGAGCAGGGGAGGAAAAACCCUCCCAGUUAGGUCUUACCCACAGUCCAGACCCUUCUCCUGUGGUUUGCUCUGUCCCAGAAGCUGCAAAUUGGCUUCCUCCAUGCAGACAGCCUCUCCUUCAUUCUUCCCCCGCUUGACUGUCAGAGUCCUCUUUUAAGCAGGCCCUCCUUUUGGAGCAUGCUCUACAACAGCUGAGAGGCAGGGCCUGGUGGGCCCUAUUCUGCUCCUUCACUCCCUUAGCCUUUUUGUGGGGUCUGUAAACCCAUCACAAUCUUCCUUUAAAGAAUACCUGAUUGGGAAAUAAAGUUGGUCUAACACCGUUGCUUUGUGUAAAUGAAUUUUCAUGGCACUCUCUGGAACAAAUCUCUGAAAUGGAUUAUGUGUAGUAGAAUAUAAAAUGUGUAAACUAAGGAGCAGGUAUGAUGGAAAUUAAAAUUCUCUUCCACCCCGCCCCCCCACCAAAAAAAUCAUGGCAGAGAGACUUGAUAAUUGGGGGUUACAGAAUAAUUAGCCUGGAGGUCAACAGUUUGGAUCCUACUCAGCUCUCUAUUGUCUGAAAGUCAUUUAACAUGUGGUGGCAUUUUGGGAAAGUACAUGAAAUAAACUAGUGUCAAUCCAGUUCCUAGUGACCACAUGCCCAUAUCACAAAAGCUGUUGUUAUAAUUGGCAUAUUUAUGGGAAGCCUCAGUGAAGAGGCUAAGGAUUUGAAUGGAUCUGGAGACUGCACUAGAAACCUGGCUAGAGUUGAGCCAAAUGGACAUGCAAUGUGAAUCUAGCCCUACUGCUGCCUCUGUUUUUUCUGAGGGCCAGCCAUUCUUCAGGGCUUUCAAUCUGGCGCCCUUCACAAGUGUUUUUAAAAAAUAAACCGGAAUAGUAAUGCAGCAGUGCCCUGCAAUGGGGUCAUAGUUACAGGAUUUUCUGUCAUAGCCAUAUAAAUUGGUUUAAAGCUGAAAUGUGGCCAUGCAAAUAAUCAGAAUAGAAGUAGAAAUUACUUUAAAUGGAAUGCAAACCAGACAGUGAUGGUUGAGUAUCUGUCUCCUUCUAGGAAGCACUCUUUACCUAAUAGGAUUGGACCUGUUAGGCUGAUUUUUUUUAUUAUUAUUAUUUAAAGGUGCACUAAAAAAACAAAGAAUGUAGAAAAUUUUGUUGUGCUGUUCCAUUUGAAUUAUCUUUUAAACUUACCUUGCAUGUUUAGUCCAUAAUAACUGCUUUUUGAAAACAGCCUGAUGAUAAAUCCUCAGUUUACAUGGGAUUUAAGGUUGGGGUUUUUUUUGUUUAUUUUUUUUUUAAAUGGUGAGGGCCAACUUCAGUUGUCAGUUAUUUCUGAUUUUUCACCUGCUUAAAGGGAGGUAGAAUCUGGUCCCCAGUUCUUAACUAGUGUCUGAAGUAGUUACUGUGGGUUUUUUUCCAUGUAGUGUUUACAGGCUUCUGGAUAUUUUGAGUGUAGUGUGCUUACUAUAGUUUACAGUAUAUAUUGACCACAUUUCGAUAUCACACACUAGCAAUAAAUAAUAGAGCCAUUAUUUAUUGCUAUCUUUUUGUUAUAUCUAUAUUGAAAAUUAUUAGCAUGAUUUGUGUUAGAUGGUUCCUGGAAGCUGCAAGGGCAGAGCAUAACAAACAUCAAUAAAGAAUAUGUUGAGAUCAAACAGGGUUUAAGGCUUGUUGCAGUUUCUAUCAGUUUACUAGUGACAUGGGAAUAACCAUGAAAUUGCCUGAAAAGUUACUGAUAGCAAAGGAAAAGGAGAAGACACUUAUACAUUAAAAGUUUACAUUAGUUGUUACAUGUCACCUGGACUUUGUAAUGGGAAAAUAGUAUACAAGUAGUUUUUUCUGAUUAAUUUUCUAUCUUGAACAUUGCUGUCAUCUCCUUCUUAAGAAGGGUUGUUGUACUUUAGGCUCACACAUUUUAGUCUCAACAAAACUUUUUAUUAAAAAUAAAUAAACUUUUAGUUAUGCAAUGUGCAGGCAUAUUUGGGGUGCAGACUUGCAGCCCUUACUUAUGUGAGCAGUCCCGGUGCCUGGAGGGCAACAUGUGAAAGUAAGGGUUGUGGCGUCAAGCCCAAAAGACUUGCAUAAUUGAUAUCCAUAGAAUGUGAUGGAAGCCUGAAUACUGCUAAACACUUAGAAUUUACUUCUGUAGAGGUCAGUGGCAAAACUACCACUGACAUCAGUGGGAACAGGGCACUUCAGGAUAUUCAGAGAAUAGAAACAGCCUUGCAUGUUACACACGUGAAAAUAUUUUAAUGCAAAAAACUCAGUUUUCAGCUACAUUGUAUACAUAUGUUCAACUAAACAUCGAUUUCAAAUAUAUUGGAUUUAAUAUUGA